UGCAAAAUGUCUUUGAAAGUUCCUGUCGUCUUUGCCGCAUUGGUACUAAUAUGUGCGGCAGAAAGUUAUAAUAUCGAUCCCUUCAUUAGGAAUGGGAUUCCUGAAUCGCUUCAUAUUAAUACCUCUCCAUUUAUAAAGAUCGGAGAAGGCUACUACUAUAUAGAAACAAAAACUGCCAAGAACUGGUUUGAUGCUUUUGAAUCUUGUCGUCGACUCGACGCCAAUCUAAUCUCAUUUGAAACUCUGAAGGAAUGGGAUUUAAUCAAUCAAUAUUUGUGGAAUCAAAAUUUAAAUCAUAUAUACUGGACCUCGGGGUCAGACUUGGCGAAUCAGGGCAAACAUAAAUGGUUUGCGAGCGGAGAAGCAAUAACUCGGAAUAUUUGGUAUCCAGAUGAACCAAAUAACCAGAAUGGAAAUGAAAAUUGCGAUGAAUUGGGAUAUAGGCGUACUGAAACCAAUUAUAAUGUGUUGAAUGACAGACCCUGCAAUUAUGAAAGAUAUUUCAUAUGUGAAACGCGCCAACCAAAAACAGCCGCAUUUGUUAUUUGGUAAUAUUACUUUUAAAAUACACACAAUGUACAUAUAACCACUAUAAAUGUAUAAUAAUAAAUUAAUUCAACAAGA